AAGACAGAGAAGAAGACAGUGCAGGAGGAAGGACAACACACACACAGCUUGCUGCUCGUGCUGGUGCUGGUGCUGCUCGUGUUGUUGCAGUGUUCAGGGUGGCGUGGUGUGGAAGGAGAAGGGAGAAUGGUGCGCAAUGGUGGUGCUGAUGGGCAGCAGAGGGAGCGACGAAGCCAUGCUGUGGAGGAGGAGCAGGAGCGGUGGAGGCAACGCCAUCGAGUCGCCGGUACCGCAGCGCUACCACUCUCGCAGUUCAUCGUCAGAGAGCACGCGUUGCGGAGUGGCGAGCAGCUGGACGAUGACGGCAACGACGUCGAAGCGGACGUGAGAGCUCUGCGUGACGCUGUUCCCUCGAGCUACCAAGAAUACGUCGAGUCGCUGGAGUUCAAGGCAUAUGAUGCGGAUUGCAGUGUGCUUGAGUUGGUCCUGAAUGAGCACCACGCCAUGUGGCGCAAAGAGCGGCUGCAGGAGGAUCACGAGGCCCAGUUUGGGCGAGCAAGUCUCGCGUGCCAGCUCAUCCAGAACGUCCACGAGCUCCUCGCCGUCUUGGACAGAUUUCUAUGUAUUUGGCGAAGUGAUCGUCCCUUUCGCCAACCGCACAUUUACGUGCAGGCGCUGCGCAAUGAGCCGGAUUUGAUUGGAACGGCAGCGGAAGAACUCCUUCAGGGCGCGUUUGACAUGCUGGCGUCACCAAUGCCAGCACCUGCUGCUGCUUCGCGCACCAACAGCGCAGCAGCAGCCGUGCCGCACGCACCACCACCACCACCACCACCAUCGUCAUCAUCAUCUUUGUUAGCGCCACAGCCGCCAUCGCGUGUGCUGCGGUCGCCACGAAAGCCGGCGCACCCUUUCCGACGGCUGGCAUCGCUGGAUAUGGCAAGACCCCUCAUACCAGCGGGUGACAGUGGUGACGAGAGUGAGAGAAGUGUGGCAGAGGCGUUGGUGAACUUGACGGAACAGCAGCCGCCGCUGCAGCAGGAGCAGCAAAGGGAGGCACCAGACAAGGCACCAGGAAAUCAACCACAACAACCACAACCACAACAACCACCACAACCACCACAACCACAACAACCACCACAACCACCACAACAACAACAUGUGGAGGAUGUGCCACGAUCAGAAUCCACUCCUCUCAUCCCAACGCCCACAGCAGCCACUGUCCCAGCAGUCGCGAAACCAACGAAGCAAGACAACGACAAUGAUGGUGGUGGCGAUGGCAAUGAUGGGGAUGACGCUGGUGGUGCUGAUACAAAGACUGGGGAUGGUGGUGAUACAAGUGCUGAUGAGGGCGGGAUUGCGAGCGAAGUUGCGGCAAUGGACGAUGAUGACAUGGACGCGUUCUUGAGCGAAUUGCACGGUGAGGAGUGACUGGCAAUGCAAACGUGUGGUGUGUGCUCUUCCCUCUGCAAUGACCGAACACAUGCGAACGCGCGAGCUUUGAGAUGCCACGCUCAUAUAUUGGUGGGUGGGUUGUGUCAAUGCUGUGACGCGAUUAGAGCUAGAAUCUAUUGAUGAUGACAAAGGAAAUCGGUG